AUGGCCUACCAGAUCAAGUACACGUCCACCCCAAGCACAGCCGGGAGUGCAUCAUCUGGUAAUGCUCCAGGGAGCAAUGUCCCGGCCUCAGGCGGAAACGCGCCAACGAUCCUUCCUUCCUUAAGUGCCAGCGCUAUAUCUGCCAGCAUCACCCAUAUCGUUGCGCUCGAUGGGGGCGCGAACCAGGCUCGUUCCGAAGACAACACUUCCACAUUCACAAAGAUACGCGUCACUAUUCAUACCACUGGGCCAUGGGCGGACUCUCCCCACAGCAACAAUCAUGUCACCACCUUCCUGAUCCUGGAUCAGGGUGGAGCGGUCCAGAUCGACAUGAGAACGGAUAAUGGGGACAGAAGGGGCCAGCUCUACUGGAAGCUUGUGACUUAUGAGAAUUCGUCAUCGGAGAUCAAGGCCUUUGAUUAUAGUCUCGGUGCUCCAGUGCCGGUCUACAUUCUAUAUAGGGCGAUCCGAUAUGAAUGGAAACUUCACCAGUGUCUGUUCUUGUCUGGAGGCUCUGGAUGUCACUAUUGGAACUACGUCCUCUUGAGCAAAAUAGCAGCGGAUACGGCCAGAUUUUCCUUUCAUUCUGGCGUACCGGCCCAUGCUUGGGGUGUUUUUGGGAAGUGGUAUUCUCGUACUGGGGCCGAGAGACCGAACCAACCUAUCCUUCAGGGAGAAUUCCAGAGCUACGAGCAGUGGUACCAAGAUUGGUUUGGCGAGGGCGAGGAAGAAGAAGACGACGACGACGGUGACGACGACAACAACGAUGACGACGACGACAAAGACGAGUAGACUGGUGUUGGUGUUGGAUGGAAGCAUCGGAAAAUUUUCAACAUGGGAUACAGGAUUCUCUUGACAAGGUUGAUUCGAGGCCGCCUUUCAAUUAUACGUGCUGCUCUGUGUCUUUUUCAACCCUUCUCCGCGUUCAUCACUUGUUCCCUUUUGGUUUCUUCUCUUCCUUGAGGUAGGUACUCUUUUACUCUUCUCUGGAGGCUCCAUUCCGGGCGGUAGUUGAGG